AUGAUCUCUAUUCGGGGAACUUCAGAAAUUGGCGACUUUUUACAAGAUCUGAAGUUUAAACAAGCUGUUUUCGACCAUCAUGAAAACGUUUUCAUUGAAAACGCAAAAGUCCAUUUCGGAUUCAUGGAGCAAUACUUGGCCCUGAAAACACCUGUCUUAACUUUCGUAAAAGAAUCGAUCGCGAACAUCAAAAUUGACGAGAUAAUCGUAACGGGGCACUCUCUUGGUGGCGCAGUCGCUGCUAUGUUAGGCGUGCUACUCUCGCAAGAGGUGAAAGAUGUUCUCACUCGAGUUGUGACCUUUGGAAGUCCAACUCCUGGCGAUGCAAAAUUCCAGUGCCUCUUCAACUCGAAUGUCAAAAAGCAUACUCGUAUUGUCCUUCCAAAUGAUCCCGUUCCUGCCGCUUUUGGCAGGAUUUUUUACUGGUACAGGAAUGGCUUGCUUCUCUGCAAUUUCCUAUCUCUUAUCAUACCCAUUCAAGCCGAAAAAGACACACAUGCGAGCCUGGAUCGAAAAACGAAUUCAUCUGUUACGAUGACACUUUUCUGCCGCUGA